ACAAAAUUCUCGUUUCCCAGAGCUUGGAACAAUUAGGAAUGGCUGUGACCUAAUUUCUACCGCUGUUUUUAAGUAGAAAUUCAAACAAAAAUAAUGGAAUGUAAAUGUCUCUUUCUCGACGGGAAAGAUGUUAGCAUUACCGUCAAGAAAGACGCUACGGGUGCAGAUCUACUCGCAAGUGUUUGCAGAUACCUUGCUAUCGGUAACAAACAGCCUUUUGGCUUGGUACAUCGGGGAGGAGCUCACCCACCCACUUAUAACUGGUGGGUUCGACUUGAUAAAGAAUUGAGGAAACAAAUUUCAGGGAAGUGCAAAAUAUGGGCGUUCGCAUUGGUGCUCAAGUUCUACCCUUUGCCCCCGAAAAUGAAUGUAAACGAAGAUAUUGUAAGGUUUCAUUCCGUUCUUCAAGUACGACAGGACUUGCUUACCGGAAAACUAAAAUGUCCAACCCACACGCUGUCGUUGCUUGCCUCGUACUGGCUUCAGUCUGAGUAUGGCGAAUGGACAAGCGACCAAGUGGACAGGCAACUAGCGGAAGAGUUCCGUUACGUCAGGCGAGGGAAAUAUAACUCGUCGCAAAACAACGAGAGUGAUGUAGACUUCGAGCAACAGAUGGUAGAACUACACCGCUGUCUUGGUAGCAUGACGCCUGCAAUUGCUGACAAACAUUUCCUUCGACUUGCUGCGUCUCUUGCAACUUAUGGAGUUCAUUUCUAUCCUGCCUUUGAACUGGUAACUACACACGGUCGAUCCCGUUUCGGAGGAAGCGGGAGUCGCAUCCAGGAGUGCGGGGAUGCUCUCCUGCUUGGCAUCGGACCUAAGGGUGUGAUGAUGAUAAAAGAGAGAAGGAGCAGAAAACAAAUUGCAUGGAGUGAGAUCGGAGCAGUUUUAUUCAAACAUAACAAAGUUAUUAUUAGACUACAGAAGCCUGACAAAAACGGCCGGAAAGAAAUCCCUUUAGCAAUGGAGUCAACUAAACAAGCAAAGGUGGUUUGGAAGAUAGCGAUAGACAUGCACGUCAACUUUCGCUUCCAGCAAAACUCGCCAGCCGCUGUUAAAAUUGAAAGAGACUGCUGCUGUAUAGGAGUUAAAAAAGUGAAAAUUAUCCCAAAGGCGCGCGUUGGAAAGGCAAGGGUAUCUAGGAAGCCGGCUAUUUCUAUUAUAUCGGAGGUGCCUGUCACUAAAAGCAACAAGUCCUCCCCAGCUUUGUCGAAAAAGAUUUUCGACUCAAAUUCGGCAACCAAACCGAAACAACACCCUUCCCCCUCAGCAAGAUCAAGAGCGAGCAACCGAAAAUCCGAUUCACCACGCACAAACACGUCCAGAGGUUCUUCACCCGUCACCAGUCGCUCGAAGUCACAAUCUCCGUCUCCAACACGCAAAACUUCGCCCAAGUAUUUAGAUGAAGAUUCUGCGGCUUCUUCCACGCUUAGAUACGACGACAAAGUGGCAAGCGCCGUUCCGAAAAGGAUGAAAGCAGUUUAUAAAAUUCCAUUGGAAAACGUAACCUGUGAUGAUGGAAUGUCUGGUGUUUCGGAUAACACAGAUGUAUUGUGUAGUCAGGGGAUAAUUGAGAACGCCUUCUCCUACGCCGAGAGUGACGGGAUGAACUCCAUUCACUCCUGGUUGGAGCUAUGCUCACCUAAAGCUCAGAGGAGAGGACGGGAGAAAACGAGAAGGAGUGAGAGAACGGGAAGAGAGAAAACAAGGAGCGCUCCGGCAAGCCAGAUAUCUCGUUCGAGAGAAAGGUCUCCUGUCAACGAACUUGACGUGGACGACAUACACGACUAUAGACCCCUGAUCCCUUCCAAACGUCCGAUUGUUAUUCGUGCUAACGAACUGCGUGAUCUAAGCCCACCCCAUACUGUACAUUACGAUGAUGAACCGGUACGCCGAAGACCAGAUAGGUACAGAAGUGCAGAGAACGUUUCAAGAAAGGCAUACCCAAGAAAGGUUCCGUUGACCGACCGUUACUCAUCCCAAAAGAAACUGGCCGAUAUUUACAGACAAGAAUACUUAAGUAACCUCCGUGACACACGGGAGAGAAGAUCAAAGAGUAUGUAUUCACUUCCGCAACGAAGGGCGGAAUCUAAGGACAGAGAUGUGUACGGACCGAUCGAUUACUAUCGUGGGAUUUCUCCUUCUUCUAUCAGCGCAGUUGCAUCCUCUGGUAGUCAAAGAUCUUGCGACUCCUAUCUCGGAGCCUCCAACAUGGAGGAAAGGGAUUUGUUCGGAAGAGAAUAUCUUCCUGUUGAGUCCUCUUUCACCAAAAGAGUCCUGAGCGAAUCGAGAUUGGCACGACAGAGACAUUUUUCCGGAAAUCUAAACGAGCCAGGAGUAGAAGCGAUAAGUAGAAUUCAAACACCCGUUGCGAGAUCUCGGAGAAAGAAUGUUACAAGUUGGGCAUAUGGUGACGAAAGCCGCACUGGACAAGUGUAAAGGUUCAUCCAGGUCAAUGUAUGACGUUCGACAACGACAGCAAGAAAAAGAAGACACGAUACCACGAAUACCAAGAUUCGUUCCUAGUGUCCGUUAAAAUAUUUAUCGAUUUGUCUCCUUGGACGCUUAAAUGUUCAGAAAAUGACGCUUGUUUUGCAUUUGUGCACUCUUAGAUUACAUGUGUAGAAGCACAUCUUGCUUGACUGCCCGGUCGAUAAAUGUCAGUGGCAGCGUAUACUUAUACACGCAUUGAUGUUUCGAAUGUUUCAGUAGCGGAUUUUAUUCUUGUUUGUACUAUGUUCUUGUGAUUGCAUUCGGGUGAAUUAAAACAGCACCUUUCGUUUGUUGUUUUCCCA